UGAGACUUAUAAUAAUAUUUGAGAACCAGUCUGUUUCAACAAAAAACAAUGGAGGAGAAAGAAUCGAUUUUACAAUUUGACUAAAAUUUAGAAUUUUGAAGCUUGCUGUGGCCAUUUAAAGAAUGGAUCGUGAGCUGAUGACAGUGAGUGAUGAGGGGGAGACUAGCUGGCAGGCUGACAUCAGUGACGUCAAAGCGGAAGGUGUUACACCAGACGUACCAAAAGAUGACAUAAUAACUGCAGAGGGUGCGACUGGGUACAGUUCCCUGAUGGCGGACAGUUCGACUCCAGGCCAGACAGCCACAAGUCCUCAACUGUUAGAGGCAUGUGCUGAGGUGGUUGUGCAACAGUCUCUAGGUGGUAUGGACACAAUUACUGCACCUAUUUGGGUACCUCCAGAAUCACAGAAUGUUGUUGCCAUGGACACCAGCAACCAGUUAGAUUCAGCAACAGGGUAUGUUCCUCGUGUAGUUAACACUAGUCAGAUUUCUCCCAUCCCAUCAACAGAUGUUCCCAACAGCGUUGUUAACUACUGUGAUAAUCCCGUUCCUUCAGAGAUGGCCGCCAACUUUAGGAACUAUAUGACUCACCUAUCGCAGUUGUCACCUGAUCAUGAUAACAGACACAGUACAUUGUUUGAUACGCGGGCAGGUGUGACUCGUUUACAACCGGGGAACGAGAAUUGGCAAGAUGGUAUGGUAGAAAUGUGCUCGUCAGAGAGCGAUUCCGAAGAUUGCAGUUUAAAUUGUGAUUUGCCGAUAAUACGAAAAGCUCAUAGAAGUUCUGCGCAUUCGGAUAGGGGUAGAUCAGAUUUGAGAGUAGACAGUACACGGGUUUGUGAUAUUCACGAUCGCGGACAUUUACGUAGGAAUCCUCAUUUUCCAUACGAGUCGCUUGGGACUCCCCGACUUGCUUGGGGUGAAACGCCUCGCGAGGCUUGGAGUGACAGGUCUGAUGAUCCAAUGUUCGACUCGUUGAAUCCGUAUGCUUUAUUUAAUCUACCGAAAUCAAACCAACGCGGGAAACGCAAACAAAAAGCACACACUUGCUCCUGCAGGAAUCAUUCAAAUGGUGCCAGUAGAGAAAUGGUGAGCCCAGAUAGAGGUCGAGUCUCGCGUAUUGUAGAAAAUAGGAACAGAAGUCACAUUCCUUCCCCUCAGAAUGAACCAUUCUUGCAGCAAAGACAGUCCAGUCCCCAUGCACAUGAUAAGUUGAGUCGAGAACAUCAUUUUGAAAUGGACAGGUAUUCCAGGGGUACGAGGGAUCAAAACCGGAGUCCGGAUACUGUUCUAGAUCCCAGACGUGAGAUGCCGCCUAGAGAUGCUUGUUUAGAUUCGCAUGGGUAUAUCAGGCACCAUGCCGGCAGUCCUCUACCGUCAACUAGUUCGGGUAUAGUCGCACACAACCAAUACGGUAAUAGAAUUUUAGGUCAUUCUAAGUCACUUCCAAUCUUUUCUUCACAAGAGAGCAUGGACACUAACAGCGAAACUGGUGAAUCAUCAGAUACAGAUAUUGACGUGAUGUCGGUAAAUAAUGCUAGCGGGGCUCUUGUUUCUAAUCCGGCAUCCCGUUCAUUGGUUCUUCCAGAAUAUAGUCCACACGAGGAAGUUAUUUGUAAUCAUAAUGAUCAGUCUCAAAGAACUCAUUCACACGAUAACCUUGGUAUUGUACGUCCGAAAGCAAUAAAAUUAGAAUCUGGUCAGAAAUACCACACUUGUGACAAUUCCCGUUGUGAACACUUUCCAGAACAAGGAGCUAUAGACUCCAGUAUGAAAGGUAAAACUUUGCAGAACCGGGCUUCCGGUCGUAAAGGUGACAAUUUCGGCCAGUCCUUUCCACAGCCAACUAAUACUUUCCCACCGAGUGCAGAAACACGUGUUUUACAAAUGACACCUUCUCAGCAGAUAAUGAACAACAGUUCUGGCGAUAAUCGUCAGUCGAGUGUAAUACGAGAUAAUACAACGAGAAAUAGUGCUCAAAUACACCCAGAACGGAGGAAAUCGUUAAAGGAUAUUCAUAAUUCGGUUAUUCGGGAACGACUAUGGUCGGAUCAGCAACAAGAGCCAUCGGAGAUGGUAGCUAGUAAUGACAGAAGUAUUGAUUUGACAGUAAUAGAUCCUGAAGAAUCUUCGGAGAGUUCUCGUCACUGUUCUUCUUCACCUGUUUUACCGGAAGUCCAUUUGCCGUCUGCUUCCGAUGAUAGCGAUAUAGAGGUCGUUAAGAUCGAAACCAACAGGCAGCCCCGACGACGUCAAGACCUGUCUAGUCGAGCGACUGUAGUUGUUGAUCUUACCGAAUCUGAUGACUGUGAUGAUCACCUUAAUCGUAGAGUUCCGGUUGCACCAGUUACAGGAGUAACCGAGGCUCCGGUACAGUCUUCAUUCGAACGUGAAAUUGAAAGCAACACAUUUGCUGCAGCAGAACCUGCCAAAGCUAAACAAGAAAUUUCCCACCCGAAAGAAAAGUCAAAGUCUUGCCAGAACGAAAGGCCAGUACCACGUAUGCCAAACACUCCUCCACCGGAAAUCAGGUCCUGGGUUCCACCGACUUUAUCAACAAUGGCAUCGAGUGUUGACCAACCACCGGCAACGGAGCCGGCAGUUCGGUCGUCUUGUCGGUCACAUCUUCCAGUUCGACCGGAAGAGACUUGUCAAAGGGUAAAUUUAUACCACAGUAGAUUGUACAGUGACUAA